GGUUUUUUGUGAUUGUCUACGGUAGCGCUUUUCAUUUACUGGUCUGUGGUUCUGCUUGCUUGAUUCACGCGCCCGCUAAAAUAUUUUUGUUAUAAUUUAACGUUCUAACACGAUCUAAGUUCCUUCACUAGCACAAAUUACAUCAACAUGGCAUCUACAUCCAAGCCACGUUCGGAAAUGACUUUGGAGGAGCUAUCUAAGAUAGAGGAUGAAGAAUUCAGCACUGGCCCCCUUUCGGUGCUCACGCAGUCCGUAAAAAACAACACACAAGUGCUUAUAAACUGUAGAAAUAACAAAAAGCUCUUAGGUCGGGUGAAGGCAUUCGACCGGCAUUGUAACAUGGUGCUUGAAAACGUGAAGGAAAUGUGGACUGAAGUGCCAAGAACGGGUAAAGGAAAGAAGGGAAAAGCUGUAAACAAAGACAAGUUUAUAUCAAAGAUGUUCCUCCGCGGUGACUCAGUGAUCUUAGUGUUAAGGAAUCCACUUGCUACUGCAGCGGGAAAAUAGAAAAAAAUAAGUUUAGUUAAUUAAGAUUUCCACUUAAAAUAAAGUUUGCUAAGAAUA